AAUUUUCGAUGAAACGUUCACUGUUUUACCGACGCAGAAUUCCAAGUUCGGCCUCGACGCUCGCAUCACCUUAACCUUAACCGUUUCAAUACCAAAACAUGUUAGGCUCAUUAAUCUGCAGUGCUUAUCGAGCACUUCCGUCAAGCUUUCUUUCUUGCAGUCGUCUCGCAUCGUUCGGACAAAUUUCUUCAUCGAUCACCAAUUCACCAUCAAUAACAAAUCAAUGGAGUCUUACGUUAAGCAGAACGAUAAUGAGAUAUCAUUUUCCACGUCCUAACGAACGUCGUCGCAUUAAGCGUCAAGGCUGGCAUGCGAGAAUGUCGACUCCCGGUGGUAGAAGGAUCCUUAUGAGAAGAAUAUUAAAAGGCAAAUAUGUACUCAGUCACUAAAUGUUGUAAUAAUAAAUAUUAUUAUUAUUACUAUUAUUAU